AUGCUAGAGUAUCAAUCUACACAAACAAACGAAGAUUUCUCAAAUAAGAGUACAAAUCUCAGCUCCCAAGAAGAAGCCAAACCAUCUUUAACUAAAAUUUGGGAAAUUAUUGUCCGAACUAAACGGCUUCCAGAUGGAGUGAGCGAAGCUUUAUUAUACGAAUCCAUUCGUGACAAACUACGCGAUCCAGAAAAAGAAGUUCGCCAACAUGUUCUUAGAGUGCUUAUGGAUCUUAUUCAAGUAACCCAGUCAUCCAAUCUAGAUAAACGGAUGCAAGAAUUGGUUCCAGAUAUUAUAAAAAUUUUGAGCCAUUCUUCACCUUCAUUAAGAAAAACUGCGUUGGACUUUCUUAAGAAAUAUUUGAAAUUAAGUGGAAAUUAUUAUGAAAUUAUGAGGGACUUGAUUGACUCGCCGGAUUAUUUAAUGAGCGCAACUCCGUUUUUAAUAAAUUCCGAAACUGAUGAUAAAACUGUGAGUUUAGUUCUUGAGCAAUUGUGGAAGGAUUUGGAAAGAUCAAAUAUCAACCAGGAGAUUCCUGCUAAAUCAUUAGCCAGAUUAAGAUACAAUCUUGGUGAUGAGAGGUUCAAAUAUCUAAUCGGAUUGGAGAGGUAUCGAAAACUUCAAGAAAUCUGUGAAAUUUAUGGUCUUCCUAUAGAUUAUAGCGACACAGACAUAAUGAUCAGCGAAAACGAUAACUGGAGCAAUGACGAAGCUGUAGAAGAUAAAGUGAUUCUAGAAACUGAAAUAACGCUCAAGACAGGACCGGCGAUUACUAUGAAAAUUCACGAGGAAAGUAGACCCAAUAGUGGAGUGGGUAAUCCUGGAGAGAUAGAAGUUAAAUCAAAGUUUGAAGCAGCAAGAAGGACGCCUAGAAAAGUACGUUUCGGCGGAGAACAUGUGAAAUUACGCACUCCUGAAAGCGAUAGCAGUAAUCAAGACGAACCGAAGAAUACUUUACGUAUAACUGUAACAGAUGCUGUAGCUAUAACUACUAAGAAGAGUCUCAUUCCAAUUCGGAUAACUUCUCUACCGACAACACCUCUAAAAAAAUCACAGAAUAUUACAAAAAAUAGAUUACAUCAGUCGGCUCCGAAUUUAAGCAGAAACUUUGAAACAUCCAGAAUACCUUUUAGUCGAGAAUCUAACUUGAAGGAAAAGUUCAAUAUUCCACAGAAAAUAUUAAAAGAUAAACCGCAAAUGAAAUUAAAAAGCAGAUCGUCAGAUAACUUAGACAUUUCCAAAACUGUUAUACCUAUCUCGUCAGUUAGGACUAUCAAUAAUGUCAGUCCUCUUCCGCCGCAUAAGGAAAUCGAAGUUUUACACAACUUAACAAGAAGUCCAGCCAAGAAACGACGCCCUAGUACUGUAGACGUUUCCGUUACAUCUACAGAAGCUAACACGAGUUUCAAUAGUUUCAAAAUAUGUCCGAUGUCGUCACGUGAGGUUUCUUGUGAUACCACUACAGAAUCAGAAAAAAAUUAUGACAGUUUCAAAAUAUGUCCAAUAUCUGAAGAACAACCACCCGAAGAUUUGAGAAUCAGUCUUUUCAACGCUAAUAGCUUAUCUACAAGUACAUAUUCUUCUGAUAAAAGUUCGAGUCAAGACAUUGUUGAUAGAACACAGCCUUUGGGAUAUAAUAGCGUUCGAGCGCUGGAAUAUAUUUCUCCAGACAAAGGUUAUAAUAGUUUUACAGUGUAUCCUCACAAUUUGAACCACGAGAAGAAGAAAACUGUCCCAGAAGAAAUAAUGCCACAAGAUGUAAAUGAAAAUUUGGAUUUCAAUAGGCAGUGGAAAUUGUCAUCUUUAAGUUCAGAGUUUCCAGCUCCAUUCAAAAAUUGCGAUGCGUUUUAUUCGUUUAAUUUACCUCAUCCAGAUAACAACUUCCCACUUAUGGAUAGCUUUGGAAAUAAAUCUGAGGCACUGGAUAAUCUAGUUAAGAUGUUAAAGCAACCAGGAACUUGUGAGAGUCUAGAAGCUGGACCUGCAGCUCUACUUUUUGAAGCACUAUUCGCUUGCCAGUAUCUUGAUAAACUUCAUUUUCUUGCAGAUGCCGCUCUUGGUUUAAUGAUAAAAAAUAUUCGAGCUGAAAUCUUGGAGCGAUGCUUGGGAAGAGUGAGUCUAGAAAUAUGUAAAAUAGGAGCUCCUUCUGGUGUCUAUUUAGCUCUGAUGAUAAUGGAUAAAUGUUCUCCAAAAAGAUUUCUACAAGAAAUUAUGGAUAGAUGUUUUGCUCAUAAAACUAGAGAAGGUGCUUUACAGGUGCUAAUGGCUUCGUCUAGACUACUUCCACGCACCGACUUGGAAAUUAUCAAAAUGGCUGAAUUUGCUGCUGCUACUCUAAGAGAUAAAAGGCGGAAAGUUAGACACGCUGCUUUGGAAACUUUAGCUACCUUGGCUCAACUUAGUUCGAACGGAGAAGUGUUGGGUGUGGUUGAGAGGGUUACCAAAGCUGUCCCGGAUCAUCAAUAUCUACUUAGAGUUGUUCGAACAAGAUUGUCCCGUCGCCAGUUACCAACAGUUGAACUAAAUGGUACUGUUCGUUAUUCCACUCUUAAAGACCCAAGUGAAUUAGAAUGGUUAUCUGGUAGUAUUUCGAACGAUAACCAUUCUGUAUCAUCUUCAGCAUCCUCAUCAAAUAAUUCAGUAAAUUAUUGGAGACGUAACUCUCGACACGAUGUAGAUGAAAAAAGAAUCGGAUCGGCUCAGUCAUCAAUUAAGCUCUUCAUCACUCACGCUUCUUGUCUCAAGUUCACGCCGGCUUCGUAUUCUCGUUUUGACAUGCUGCUUUGCAGAUUAUUUGCACUAAGGCCGGUUUCUUUAAAUAAUUUUGUGGUGGAUGAAAGUGCCAAUGGAAAUCAACAAAUCUGGGCAGUUGAUUCUUCAGUCUUCCCCAGAAAUGGACGAGUCAAAGAUAAUAUCACAAAAGGAAAUUCGUCCAUAUUACGACCUGUAUACAUACUUCAACCGGAGGCGGUAACUGAGAAUGUUCGUGGCUAUCGUCGAUACGAUAGAGGCAGAUCCUUCUCGCCACCGAAACCGAAUCAAAAACAAGCUGCGCAUCCUGUUCCAGCAUCCACAACACUACAAAAUAUUGUUCCCUCCCAAAAUAAUUUUAGUUACCGAGAGGGUGUCAGGAAAAGCUUCUCAUCCGAACAAUUAUUCGUUAGGGAGAGGGAAAAUCAUGAGCCCUAUUCUUAUUCUCUAUCGAGUAGGUCGUCGUCGACUUCAACAGGUUCCUCCACGAAAAGUGGUAUCUGGCAUAAAGAAAUGAGGUCAGGAAUUCCAGUACCGAUCACAUCAGAAACGAAAUUCAGGCUACGAACUAAUGCAUCGUCUAACAAUGUCACAGGUCCCGUUGUAGCCCGUAGGUCUGCUUUAGGCAGUGUCCCAGAUACACCAAUUAUUGCUCGCUCAUCUCCAAGAGAAUCCCCCGAAAAACAAAACACUAUACAAGUUGUACAACCUCCUCCUUUAUCAUCUGGCUCUGAAUCUUCAGGAUAUGAUACUCCUCCUCCCGAAUCUAACAAAGCUUUUGUUAAGUUGGAUAGCGUUGAUAAAACAUCUGAAUCUGGAAGAGAAGAUGAUGAAAAUGAUACUAACAAUAAUAUUCAAGAAUCUAAAGAUGAUGUCGAUUCCACACAAGAAACAUCAACGAUUAAUGUGUCCCCCAGCCGCACAGAAACAAGUCAAGUGAUUGAAGAAUCCAUACAACGAAAUGCGGAUUCUUCACCUUCAACUACAGAAAUUUUCGUAAAAGAAGAUCCAGUAGUUCGUCGGUUUAGUAUCUCUCACUCCAACGAACCUUCAUUUAUAGAAAAAACAUCGCCGAUUGCAGGGAAAAAAGUUAAAAGUAAAUCAGUAAUUGACUUACCGAGUUUCCUUCCAGAGAUAUCACCCAAUAGGAAAAACAUUAACUCAGCUCCAUUGCUCAAGGAAGAUAUUAUCUCCAAUGGCAAUAUAGUGAUAUCUACUUAUGAAGAGAUACAUACCGUAAUUCCAAUAAGUACUAUUCAAGGUGACGCGAACCAGAAUACCGAGUCCCCUCCAAAAGAAAUAACAAUCACCAGAAAACUUAGUAGAAGAUUAUCAAGAACUCAAAGUAGGAGAUCUAUAAAAUCGACCCCAAGAAAUGAUUCUCCCAACUCCUCAAGAUCCCGCGGUAACAAAUCUAAAGACACCACCCUGCAACUUUCAUUGAAUCAAUUGAAUAAUCCUGAAUGGGAAGUGAUGAUUCAAGGACUCAAAAGCUUAACACAUAUUGCCAAAUAUUAUCCAGAAGUAAUUGAGGGGCAGAUGCAUACCGUAUGCGUCAAUUUGGCAAAGCAUAUAAAGAAUCUAAGAUCACAAGUUGCAAGAUCUGCUUGUCAUACAGCUGCUGAAUUAUUUGGAUCAUGUAAAAGGAAUUUGGAUAUGGAGCUGGAGGAAAUUGCGGGGCCCUUACUUCAUAGAACAGCUGACACCAAUAAAUUCCUUAGAGCCGAUGCGAAUGCAGCACUCGACGUGAUGUGCAAGAAUCUUCCAAUUAAUCGUACAAUAACGGUUAUAAUAUCGAGGGGCUGUAACCACCAAAAUAGCAUUGUACGUGCAGCAGCAAUAAGACUGAUGACCGACCUAGUCAAGAGGCAUGGAGCGGAUAAGAUUUUUCAAAUGAACAAAGAAAUCAGGGAUAAAAUUAUUGUAGCAGGUGCUAACUCCUUAACAGAUGGAAGUUUAGAGGCAAGAAGUCACGGAAAAGAAAUGUUUUCUCAUUUAAUAGGACACUCACAAUUCCAGAAAAGCUUAUUAGAGGCAGUACCUCAGAAUACAUUAAGGCAUAUAGCUAAGACACUUAAUUCUAUCAAAGCGAGUGGAACAUAACUGUUAUUAUGAAGAAAAUAGUGACCAUUUUUCCACAUGAAAUGUACAGGGUUGAUCACUUAUUUUGAUAUAAAAAGUGAGCUAAUAAAAAUGACGAUUUGCGAUUUGUAGUUUUAAAAAGAUUUUGUGAAUCAGUUACAUCUGUUUUUAGACUUGAUAAAAAAUAACUUAUGAGAGUUUUAAUAUAAAUUUAACAUCCUUGUAUAAAAUGUCUCACUAUUCAUAUGCUCAAUAUCUUCCAUAUAAAGCCGCGUCCCCACUGGACAAACAUUGUUUGUCAAACAUUUGACGAAGAUUUGGGCAAACGUUUUUGUUUGACAAACAAUGUUCGCCGGUGUUUUUGAUGUGGACGCUAUUCCAACAAACAUUUCAUGUAUAGAAGGAAAAGGGGCCGCUAUUUUUGUUUGUCUAGAAUGUUCCCGUCCUAGUUUAUCUCUCGCUGUUUAUCGUUUGCGUAUCUCAGAGGCAAAGCUAUGUUGAACGAUCUGUACGUUGGAACAAACUAUUAAUGCAGAUGCAGCUAAACGUCUCAGCGGUAUUGCUCAUUUUACAAAUUCGAUUGCUGCAUGUCAACGCUGGACAAAAAGCCAUAGUAUUGGGGCUGCUUUGAUCUCCCAUGUUCUUGAUGUUUGUGGAUUAAGACACUUGCAAGACGUUACCACCUAAUCGGAUUAAAAUUUUUGAGAAACAACUCGCUGAUUUUAUCAAUAUUUUUGAAAAAAACGGUAAUCCAGAUUUAAACAAAGAUGAUCUUGACAAGAUGAACGCAACCACUACUACCAGCCAGAUAGAUCUUAUGAGGUCCGAGAAAAUGAGAGAGAUUAUGACCAGUUUAUCUAUAAUCUAACUCACAUGAGAAGAAAAAGUGGCAUUGGAAAACUCUCACAAAAAUCUGUAAUUGUUGUGAACUUCUUUAUAUGAAAUGACGUACAAUGAAGAAGGGAACGGGAACACAAAUUGAAAUUACUGGAUCGAGUAGGUAGAACAGAUUUAAAUAAAAAGGAGCUUAUUCUCCAAUAUAUAAAAAACUGAAUUUAUAUAUUUUUUUAAAUAUAACUAACAGGAAUCCGUUCUAUUCUAAUCGUUCUGUUUCCCAAAUAAAUAGAGAAUGCGAAUUUACACAGAAAAUAUUAUACAAAACUUAAAUAAGGAAAUUAAUCAAGAUAACUGGAAUUUUGUGAGCAUUAUAUAUGAAAAGCAAAGUCUAAAAGAUAUUUGAAAUCGUUCAUUUUGUUUCUAAAGAUUAGAUCGAGUUAAUACAGAGCUUCGUUGGGAUGUGGUAAUAAAUAUUUUUAUCUACACGCCAUCUAUAAUUAGAUAGUGUCUAUCUUAUCAUAAAUAUGUUUCACUCUUUCACUAUUAGUAUCUACGUCGCUGCAUAUCUUUGGGAGAUCAUUACCAAAUUCAAACUUUCUAUGAUUAAUGUCGCGGCUACAUUUAUGCUGAUUUCGCUAGUACGAUGGUUGCUAUCUAAAUUUGAGAGAUAAAUAAAAUAAAUAUUUGUAAUUCGAUGUGGCUUUAUUGUUCUUCAACAUAUUCUCCAUUAAGAUCACAACACUUUUGCAUGCGUUUGACCCAAUUAUCGAAGCUUUUUUACUAAUCCGAUUGAGGUACCUCCAAAGCAAUUUGAACGCAUCAACUGCUUCUUCAGUUGUAGAAAAACGUUGACCUCACAAUUCAUUUUUAAUUUGCAUUGGGUGUUGAACGAGAACUGUACAGUGGAUGAUUUAUCAAAUCGAUCUUUUGACUGUUCGAAUACGUUUUUAGUUUGAACUGAUGUGUGAGAGCUGGUGGUGAAGAAUGAUUCUUCUGCGAUUGGUUUUCUUGAUUUUUUCAAAAACUUCUGGCAAACAAAUGCUGGUGUACCAUUCAGAAUUGACCUUUCCACAUUGCUCGUAUGGAAUAGUGGCGACAUUCAGAAAAAAAUAGGCGACCAUUGGCUUUGAAGUGCUUCAUGCGCGAAAAACUUUUGUUGGAUUUGGCUCAUCUUGAAAGACCCACACAGGAGAUUGUUUUUCAGUUUUGGGCUCAUUAGCAUAGGAAAACAGCCAUUUUGGAAGAUUUCACGAAAUUCGUUCUGUUGCGGAGCGCGACCAUGAUUGGGUAUGGUGCUUCAUCACCAAAAGUCGAAGCGAGUUGAUCGGCCUUGUGCCGUUGGUUUAAUCCACGUCGAAGUCAUAGAAUAUAAUUGCAAAUACUUCAAGUAUUUGUAAACAACUCAAACAGCACUCGUAUGACAACACGUUCUGACUACGUUCACCAAUAAUAAUGUCGAACUUAAUGAUGGCGGUAUCAGAUUUGACGUAUUCACAUCAAUGUUGCCAUAUCUCAAAACUUGAGUAGCAACCAUGGUAGCAACCCUCGUACAGUGAUGACAGAGGAACAGAAUAACAAUGUUGGAAUACACUGUACUCACACAAAAAGCUCUGUGAGGCAACUAGAAUUCAGUUCUGAAAUAAGGUAUAAUAAAUAUCUUAUGAAGUUUAUCUAAUAUGAAUAGAAUAUUUAGCUGCUAAAAUCGUGAUAAUUUGACAUGACGUAAUCAAAAAAAUAUGGAGUUUACACCUUGAAAAUAGCUACAAUCCUUAUAAAAAAUUAUGUAACUACUUCAUAAUAUAUUGUAUAUAAAUAUUUAUUAUUUUUAGACAUAGUAAAUUGUUAGUAGGGGAGUAGGUCGAGGAAAUCGUUAUUUCUUUUUAGUUUUUUAGGUACCUUCUGUUAAAUUUAUUAAAGUUAUUUGUUGUAUCAUUGUAGGAGUACUUAAUUUUUUUUAUAUGAAAUAAUCGUUGUGUUCAUCUAGUUAAUAUAUAAAUUUUCACAAAUUUUAUGUAUGAAUUUGAUUGUCUUAAUAAAUUUUGUAAAUACA